UGAAGUCACGGGUCUGCGGGCGCACGCACAGAGAUGAGAGUCACGUGAGGCUCAAAACUCACCACUAUGGCUUCUGAAGACAACUAAAUAUUUUCGACUUCUCAUAAAAUUGUUGUGGUCUGAUGUUGGUUCCGAAAGUAUCAGAAAUACAUUGAAACAUCCCGGAAGCAUGGGACUUUGCAACGUGAUAGCAGCUGAUCCACAGCCCAGCUGCUGACAAGCUGCAAACACUACAGAGCUUCUCAUAGAGGUUUACAAGUACCACAGUUUGGUUAACUGAAAGAGAUGAUGGAGUGGUUAGCACCAGCAUUGGAGAGGGAUCUGGGUAUUGAUCCGCGACAGACUGGACCAAGUCAAAGACCCAAUGAACAGGUGGUCCUAGUCCCAACUCGCUGGGUGAUGGCCCUGAGAAACAAGAGAGUUACUCGCUGUGCCAAGUAUGAGUGCUUCAGCGAAGGGGAAAUCUGCACGCUUCUCCAGCGCUCUCAGAUGAAAUUGCCAUCUGGAUGGACACGUGUUUGUAUCCAAGGUCUGAGGAAGCGUAAACUGGGAUACCGAUUAGCCAGGGAGCCGGGCUGCCACGGAGAGGGGCUCUCCCAGGACUCUUUCAUUACUCUGAUGCAAGAAGUAUCUCAGUCUAAUUUCAGAAAUCUGUGGCGCGAAGCUUACAAAAAUCAUGUGCAACCAUAUGAAGAUUCCAUUGAGCAGACACCGGUAUCGGCUAUAGAUGCUGUUCGCCAAGCCUUGCAGAAACUGUUUGGCUCCUGCUUUAUCUCUACCGAGAGAAUAUCACCAUCCCUAUCUCCAGCCAAAGAGAAGGAGAAAGAGUCCCCAUUUCCAUCCGGCUGCUCAGCUUCCAAACAAAACACUGAAAGUUUGUGUCCCAAUGUGCUCCCUGCAGAAUGUUUGCUUGAGUCAGAGGAGGUUCUGUAUGUGGUUCUUCCAUACACACAGUACACAGUUCAUGACAUUGUCACCUACAGUCCAGCUAAGCUAGUGAACAGCAAUGCCAAGGUAUUGUUCAUUUUGUACCAGCUGCUUAUAGCUAUGCGUGAAUGUCAUGCUUCUGGACUGUUGUGUGGGGAGCUCUCCUUACUAGACAUUGCAGUCGAUGAGCAACUUUGCAGUCGCCUUAAGAUCUCAUUGGCACAUUAUGAAAAGUUUGGAGAGUACAGGUAUGCUGUGCCAUCUGUGUUAGGAAGUCAAGGCCCAACAAGUGUUGUAGCAAACGACAAUCAGAGUCAUAACAGUGGUGUGGAUGGACGUCUUUGUCAGAAGUGUCUCGAUGAGCUCAAAUCUCUGGUGCUAGACUGGACCCAUGGCAGAGUCAGCAACUUCCACUAUCUGAUGGAAUUAAACCGACUGGCUGGAAGACGUCAGGGAGACCCAAACUAUCACCCGGUAUUACCUUGGGUUGUUGAUUUCAUUGUGCCAUAUGGAAGGUUUCGUGACCUGAAGAAGUCAAAAUUCCGUCUGAAUAAGGGUGACAAACAGCUAGACUUCACUUAUGAAAUGACCAAAGAGGCUCUAGCAGCAGCUCAUGGCAGUGGUGGAAGCCAAUUUGUUUCGGAUCAUGGUGGGCCUGUAGGACCUGGUGGCUCAGGACAGUCAGAUCAUUUACAUGUUCCCCAUCAUAUCUCAGAUGUCCUUUCAGAUAUCACCUAUUACGUCUACAAAGCCAGACGAACACCCAAAUCUGUACUGUGCAGCCAUGUUCGUUCCCAGUGGGAGCCCAAUGAAUAUCCAGCUAGUAUGGAACGUAUUCAGAGUUGGACGCCUGAUGAAUGCAUCCCAGAAUUCUACACAGAUCCUUCUAUAUUUCGCUCCAUCCACCCAGACAUGCCAGACCUUGAUGUACCUCCAUGGUGUAACUCCUAUGAGGAGUUUAUUUCUGUGCAUAGACAGUUGCUAGAAAGUCGAGAAGUGUCUCAGCAGUUGCACCAUUGGAUCGACUUAACUUUUGGCUACAAGCUAUUAGGUAAAGAAGCUGUCAAAGCUAAGAAUGUGUGCUUGCACUUGGUAGAUAACCACACACAUCUCACCAGCUAUGGCGUGGUGCAACUGUUCGACCAUCCUCACCCACCUCGUCUUGCACCUUACCAGUAUUCACCUCCUGAACCUCCACACUUUGGUCCUGUCAAUGUCACAACGUGGCAGAUUCCCCCUCUUGAGACCAUGGUGGAUGGUGUGGAUGGAUUGGUCCCUGAAGCAACCGGAUGUGAAUCGAGUGGCUGGUCAGUGGUUGGCCGAGAUGAAGACCUUGAGCAAGCAAUGGAAGCCUUAGACCUGAGUGGGUCGACAUCAUCAGCUUCUGUUCCAAUUGUUGUUCCUGGUGGAAAAACUGUUCUGGACAAUGUGGCUUUGGCGGUUUCCCCCUCUCAUGGCUCUUUCCCUGGUGAAACACCAGCAAGUGUCUCAAAUACCUUAGGAUCAGGCAUUCGAGCAUCCAUGCUACAGAGACCAGCCUCCGUAAGUAAAAAACCAGAGGCUUCAAAUUUGGAAGAUUUUAAGAUAAGCCUGCCAGAUGGGUUCAAACCUUUGCAGCCUUUGGAAGAGUUAGAAAAGCUCAACAACUUUCUGGUUAAAGGGUUACAUUCUCAAGUCCAACAUAGAGCAGAUGAACACACAAUGAACAAAAAGGACUCGAGGCAUUUUUUGUCAUUCACAGACCUUUUCCAGAGAGAUAUGCAAGCCCUGGGUGUCCUCAUUUCUGAGAUUUUUUAUUCGUCAAAACUUCGGGGAUUGAGGCCAGGCACAAGCUUAAGUGAUCGUUUUCAAGCUUGUUCGAAGCUGUGCUCUACAAACUUUCGUGAUGUUCCACUACCACUCCAUCAUGCACUAGAGACUCUAUUGCAAGACCACAAGCAUCCUUCCAAGACAUCCACCUUACACCAACAAGGAUUGCCGUUUCUUUUCAGAUAUGACCCUAUUUAUGAAGGUCUUCCUCCACCAAACCCUUGGCAACUUCUAAAUCCUAUUCUGUCCCCCUUUCCCUUCCCAGCAUAUUUCCCAACACUGCACAGAUUCAUAUUCUCCUAUCAUUCAAAAAUGGAAUCCAUUAACAGUGUUCAUGGUCGUGAUAUCGUGUUCAACCUAUGGCAACAGCUAGAGACACUUCUAAAGGGUGACAUCACAGCAGAGGGGCUUGAAAUCCUUUUACCCUUUGUCCUGUCUUUGAUGUUAGAGGAGUCCACUGCAGUAUAUGCCACCUGGUACCUAUUUGAGCCCGUAUCCAGGGUUCUUGGGCCUCGCAAUGCCGCAAAGUAUUUACUAAAGCCUCUAGUAGGGGUAUACGAGAAUCCCAGAUGCCUUCGAGGUCGCUUUUACCUCUACACAGAUUGCUUCGUGCUACAGCUUAUUGUAAGAUUGGGUCUACAGGCAUUUCUUUCCAGUCUUCUUCCACAUGUUCUGCAGGUAAUCACAGGCUUUGAAAGCUGCACAGGUACAGGGUCUGAAUGGGAGGGCCAUAAGGUUUUAAGGGGAGCUGCCGGUGCCUUAGAUGAGGAAGAGGAGGACUUUGAGUGUGGCGAUGGCAGUUCGGCUACGGCUACAUCCUCUAGUAAAGUUGGAGGAGCCAGUGGUGGUGGAAGUGCUGGAGUUGUUGGAGACCAAGGACUUGUGGAUUACUCCUCAGGCAUCAGUCUCAAUGACCAGGUUUUUCUGAACGAAGGUGAGGACUUCCAGAAUGGCUUUUACGUGAAUAAUAGCGCCUCCGGUGCCACAGCGAAACAGCAGAGCCAAAGCUCAGCAAACAAAGACCAAGACCAAGAAUCUCUCAGUGUGGGGAAACUGAGCGACAAGAGUAGCGCCAGUGAGGUGUCUAUUGGAGACCGUGCAAGUUUAAAGUCUGCUGACAGCAGUCAAGAUCUAAAGCAAGCUAGUGAUGGGGAGGAUGGUGGAGAACUGGAGGAUGAGGAGGCGACGGUGGAAGACAGAGAGGUUACAGUGCAGAGGGUUCCCAGUUUAGAAAUGACUCUUUCAGGCUGCACAGAGGAGUCUGAGGCAACAGUGCCCACUCUUGAGGGGGAUGUCAUGAAUGGAAGGGUGCACGGAGAUGCUGAGAAGAACAUGGUAGAGGAGGAGAAUAAUCAUGAUCCUUUAGAAGACUCUGAGGAGAAAGAACAAAAGAUAUUAUUAGACACUGUUUGCAAAACUGUCAGGUGGCUGUCUGCAAAACUGGGGCCAACAUUGACAUCUCGAUACAUAGCUAGGAACCUGCUGCGACUCCUUACUACAUGUUAUAUAGGGCCGGACAAACACCAGUUUGUGCUAUCAGUGAAUGAAGAAAAUAGUCUUGAGAGUGUUGGAAGUGUGUACGAGAAGAAACCAGUUGUCGGGGACCAGACUGCACGACCUGUUCUUGAGUCUCUUAUCUACAUAGCACAUCUCUAUGGGGAACCUGUUUUGACCUACCAAUAUCUGCCUUAUAUUGGUUACCUGGUCUCUCCACCAUCAUCUUGUCGUUUGAACACCAGGAAGGAGGCAGGGCUUUUGGGCGCUGUAGUGCUUACUCAGAAGAUUAUAGUGUUCCUGUCAGACACAACUCUAAUGGACAUGCUAAUGAAGAUUAACCAGGAUGUUCUGCUGCCUCUGCUGGAUUUGUUAACUUCAGCAAAGAUGGGAUUUCCAAGUGGAGUGCAGACUCGUUCUGCUGUCUGUCUAAAGACUCUGAGUCUCAUGGCACUGAUCUGCCUGCGUAUCGGCCGAGAGAUGGUACAGCAGCACAUGGCAGAGACCCUCUGCAGGUUCUUUCAGGUUUUCUCCUCGCUGCAAAGUCUUCAAAGUCAGAUGGGAAGUGCUCCAUGUAGGGAGGUUGGUGACUGCACAUACCUGAAUGUGUGCUUUUCAGAUGUAACAGAAGUUUCCUGUGAGCUCGGAGUCUUAGAAGAACUCCAAGCUGUGUUCAAUCCUGAAAUGGCUUAUGCAUCAUACAUUCCUUUCUACUGUCUCAUUGGUGAUGCUGCGAUUCGCAAACUGGUUCCCAAUCACGAGUUGGUUUGGAGCCUUGCUCAAUCAUAUCAUGAAAGAGCAAGUCCAGGUAGCCCAGAAGCUAACCCUGCUGGGGGACAGAAAACAUCAACUGUGGGCUUAUCUCCUAGCGUGGGCCGCCAGAUGGGUCGCAGCCCAUUCCCUGCUCCCUCCUCCACAUCAACACCAGUAGGUGGAGACAUUCUGCCAGAGUCAGGUACCUUUGGAAGCCAUCUGGUGGGAAACCGCAUCCAGGUACCUCAGGACACUGAAGCCUGUGGAAGUCCAAACCUGUCGUCUUCAGAAACAUGGGGACGGCCCUUCGUUAGCCAUGGUCCUGAGGCGAGUCUGGCCACCACUGCACUUUCCUCAACUGGACCUUCUUUCUCUCUUUCCUCCUCCUGGGUACUGGGCCCCACCCCAGAGGACAGCGCGCUUAAACAAGAUCUCCCGCGCAGUAGCCGCUCUCUUCAGGGUAACUGGCUUGCAUAUUGGCAGUACGAAAUCGGUCUCAACCAGCAGGACUCGCAUUUCCACUUCCACCAAAUCCGUCUUCAGAGUUUCCUGGGCCACUCAGGUACAGCUAAGUGUCUCGCACCACUAGCAGGGGAGGACUACUUCCUGUCAGGGAGUAAAGACAAAACGGUGAAGCUGUGGCCGCUUUAUAACUAUGGGGAUGGCACACGAGAGGUUGAACCCCGGCUGACGUACACAGAGCAUCGCAAGUCUGUGUUUUAUGUUGGACAGCUGGAAGCUUUGCAGGAAGUGGUGAGCUGUGAUGGCACUGUGCAUCUCUGGGAUCAAUUCACAGGUAAGAAUAUACGUUGCAAUGAGUCUCUGGAUGGAAAGAACCCCAUCACAGCUGUCACCACUAUGCCGGCUCCUCACUGCAGUGUAGUGUUUGCUAGCGCCGAUUCCGUCCUACGUUUCAUAGACCCACGCAAACCUGGCCUGCAGCAUGAGUUCCGUCUAGCCUGCAGUAACAUGAGUGCUGGGCUGAUCCGCUGCCUGGCCGUCAGUCCUGGUGGACGCACCAUUGCGGCAGGUUUCUCCGCUGGAUUCAUAGUACUGCUGGAUGCAAGAACAGGCCUUGUGCUGAGAGGUUGGCCCGCUCAUGAGGGCGAUAUACUGCAAAUGAGAGCAGCAGAGGGAAAUUUACUGAUAAGCUCCUCUUCAGAUCACACAUUGACCGUUUGGAAAGAUGUGGAGCACAAGCCACUGCACCAGUACAGAACCCCAUCUGACCCUAUUCAUGCGUUUGAUCUUUAUGGUGCUGAAAUUGUGGCAGGCACUGUCGCCAACAAGAUCGGUGUAUACUCCAUUCUGGACAACACAUCCAGCCUGGCAGGAUCCACCAAGCUCAGCACAGAGAACUUUCGUGGUACGCUCACGAGUCUUUCUGUACUGCCCACCAGGAGGCUUUUGCUGCUCGGCUCGGAUAAUGGUGCCAUCAGGCUGCUGGCUUAAAUGAACUCUUCAGGCUCUUGUAUUGUGCUUUUUCAGAGAAAUAUAUUCUUGCUGUUCCACCAUUGGCUUUUUCCCCAGAGUGAAACAACUUGCCAACCAUGCACAAUGAGAUCUCAGAGGGAACAAGAGUGAUAUUUCCAUUUUAACCUCGCUAAAGAGAACUUAAAACCUCACUUUUGUAAGUGACCGAAACGGAUUGCCAAUAUUAAUUCAUACAAUCAAUUUUUUAACCAUUUUUAGGGCUCACGCAAAACUGCACUAGCUGCUCUAUGUAAUAAUUAACUCUGUAAAUCCUUUUCAAAAUGAAAAUUGUAUGAUGAAUUGUUGAGAUUAGCUGCUCAGGACCCAAGUGUGGUUAUAGUGUAGUGUUUACACUUUUCCAUAAUGAGUGAACUCUCCUAAAACAACAACACUGCGAGAAUCACAGGUCAGACUGUGUUAAUCACAUCAUAUGCAUUCGAUUCACUGGAUUUGCAACUAUGCAUUGUUCACGAGACAUUUGUAGUGCUCCAUAUUUGGCACCUUUUUCUAUAUAACUUCUAUAUAAUUUCUGCAUUCACAUCAAUGGAGCAUACACAGUUGUGAUCAAAAUGUGACCUUGGUCAAGUCCAAUGACUUGUCACUCUGUUACUGUACAGUACACUGAAUUUGAGUGCAAACUCCAGAUAUGCAAUGGAUCCUGAGUUUGGACCCUCUAACAUUUAAAAAGUAUCUACUGCUAGAAUAUAUGGAUCAAUUUGAUGCCGUAUUAACCUUGGAUGAUGUAAUUUACCAUUGUUUGUCACAUGAACCCCUUGUCAAAUUACAUUUUACAUGGAAAUAUGUAUGUUUGUAUAUACAUAACAUAUAUAUAUAUAUGUAUCUAUGUACAGUAUAUCUUUUUGAGCCUAAUGCGUAUCUAUAAUAAUACUUUGAUGCAGCAUCUGCUUCAGUAGGUCAACUACAGUAGAUAUGAACUCUAGAAAUUACCCAGUUUAAAUUAUUAUGAGAAUUCCUAAUUUUAAACCACAUUAUAUAACUCUGUAACCCAGAAACUGGGUUUGAUAACAUUGGCUUUUCAAUUUGAUUCAAGCCUAGAUAAUUAAUGGUUGUGAAAAUCUGAAACUGGGCAAUGUUACAUUCUGUAUGAGUAAGUAUGUCCUUUCACACUGUGUACUAUUUUAAGUAUUUCAAAAUCCAGUUAGCUGAAUUUUACUUAAGCUUCUUGAUAUUGACAAAAUGCUAAAACUGUUCAAACAUCUGUCUAAUAGAGCAAACGGGUUGUCUGAAGUAACACUGGCCAAGUAUUUUUUUCUUUUUUACUUUUAAAUAGACUUUUCUAUAUACUCACUAAAAUGAGCAUUUCAAUGAUUUAAAGUAAAAGAAAAUGAUCAGAAAUGUGUCUGUUUUUUUACACAAUUGAUAUGUUGCAGCUGCAGCGAGUUGAUUGACCUACUUGUUCAGAUGAUUGCUUUUGCUUUUAGAUGUGUUUGCUUGAAAGCACAAGAGAUGUUACUCGAAUAGGCUAAAGUCCGUUAUGCAUUUCAACUGAUCUUAAUUUAGGAGAUUUUAGCAGAUGUCUGCGCACAACCCGAGGUAACGGCGAAGACGGCACUGGUUUAUUUCUCUGGCAUGUAAGAUCAGCAAUAUAAAAGACCUCUAUCCAAUAAAACCUUAUAAUAAAUGUAUUGGCAAUGCUGGGUUGUCAUCUC